UCUAGUUUACUAACAAGCAAUCGAGAAAAACUGUAAUUAACAUUCACCUUAAUUACAUUCCUUUAAUUAAUAUCUCCACCUUAAUAACAUUUCUUUAAUUAAUAUCACCACCUUAAUUACAUUCCUUGUUUACAUCCCAUAGGCCAAGGCGUCAGUGUAAUAUAUAGUCAACUAUCGAAAAUAAAACACAUUUUACAUUUGUUUGUCCUAUCCAUAUCGUUAUCAACAUGUUAUGGGAAAUAAUAGGCCCACGCAGAAUGCAGAUAAAACACAGUUUUGCUAUCAACGGAUUAUUAUUCAAACGCGCAGAACAGACAGCUGCACUGCACAGAUGACGUCUGCAAAUCUAUAGCUGAAAGCAAACAGUUAUUGAAGCCGUCACUGUUGACCACAGGCUACACUCCAGGCUUUCGUACUCCCCGAGACCAGUGUGCACUCCUCCCGUCACAGACGAGUGGGAGGGAUAGAGAGAGAAGGAUUGAGAGAGAGAGAGAGAGAGGGAGAGGGGGAGAGAGAGAUCACUCAACAGGAGUUUCCGUAGUCCAAGUUGGCCAAGGCUACUCUAACUUUGUGUUCCGCCGUCGGCCAGGUGCGCGCGUGGAGCUCAAGAAGAGGAAUGUCCCGAUAGAAAAUACUCCAAUAUUUCCUUUGGAUUACGUAGCCUACACGCGGUUGUCUGGGGAGGGUUCCACCCGCUCCAGGUAACGCGCUCCGUGCUCGUAUCCCCGCCGCCCACGGUCACCUGCCCAGCGGGGAUAUGUAUCAGGGAAUAAGCAUGGCGACCAACCAUGGACACCCGUCAUACGAGGCCAGCUUUCUGCAUAACCCCGCGGCCACCUCUCCCGUGUACGUGCCGACCACCCGGGUGACCCCCAUGAUCCCCGCUCUCCCGUACCUGCAGACUCACGGCGCUGCGCAGCCGAGCAGCCCAGGACAGAAUCAUUCGGCCUGGGCGCAGGUAGGUCCGGAGGCAGGGUCCUCUUACAGCACAGCCAACACGCACCACUCCCCGGUGUCACCGCGCUUCAGCUUCCCCGCGAGCCCGCCGCUAACCUCCGGUGUGGCCACGGCGCGGGAAACCACUACCUACACAAGCCCCCUGAACAUCUCCGCCAACGUGAGAGAAUCUUACGGGGCACGAGGUCUCAGCAGCUCCUACCCCAGCCCCUACCCGGCGUACGUCAGUACGAACAUGGGGAGCACUUGGCCGGCGCCUCCGUUUGACAGCUCCGUACUUCACGGUCUGCAGCCAGGGACGUCGGGGAACUCUAUGCGGCAUCCAAACUUAGACCUGUUUGAUGACUUCGUGGAGGGCCGAGAGUGUGUGAACUGCGGCGCGAUGUCCACUCCACUGUGGCGACGGGACGGAACUGGACACUACCUGUGCAACGCCUGCGGCCUCUACCACAAGAUGAACGGCAUCAACCGGCCCCUCAUCAAGCCACAGAGACGCCUGUCUGCUUCCAGGAGAGUAGGUCUGUCCUGCACUAACUGCCACACCAGCACCACCACACUGUGGAGACGCAACGCUGAGGGAGAACCAGUACAGCGCUGCGGCCUCUACAUGAAGCUGCAUGGGGUGCCGCGCCCACUGGCCAUGAAGAAAGAUGGCAUCCAGACUCGCAAACGCAAACCCAAGAACCUCAGCACGAACAAACCUGGAACCCCGGCCAUGGAUAGCCACACCCCCUCCAGCACUCCCAGUUCCAACCACAAUGUAGACGAUGAGCCUCGACCAAUCAAAACAGAGCCAGACACACACACACUCUACACACACCACCACCUGCACACACAGGUGUGCCCAGUCCCUGGGUACCUGAGCUCUCCAGCGGGCAGUGCCACUCUGAAGCUCACACCCAGCAGCCAUCCUGCCCCAGCCAGCGCUAAGAGCGAACCCUGGACCAGCCUCAUACUGGCCUGAGCACACACACACACACACACACACACACGCCUUGGACCAGCCUCAUACUGGCCUGAGCACACACACACACACA